UUUUAUACUAUAUCUCGCUUUGGACAUGAAGCUACAGAGCAAAACUCAAUUUACCUGAUAUUUCGUAUCGUCGUCGUCACGUUCUGCGUUUGAUCAAUGAAACCCUGCGACCAUCUUUACAGACCGCUUGUUGCGCGUUCAUAUUCACGGUCUUUUCAUAUUUAUCUUGCAAUCAUGGUGAAAUUGACAACAGAUAUCGUCGAAAGGAAAUGUUCUCAAAUAUUAACUAGUAAAUCACUCAGUAAAACGAUAAAAAAAGAUGAAUUAUGGAAGUUGACUCAUUUACAUAUGAAUGACAUGUUUAUCAGCAGUAUUGGUAACAUCGCUAUUUAUAGAAGCUUAAAAGUCCUCUAUCUUCAGAAUAAUAAUAUAUCGAAAAUAAAGAAUCUACAUUUUGCAUGUAAUUUGACACAUCUGUAUCUACAGCAUAACGCUAUAAUGAAAAUGGAAAAUUUAGAAUCUCUACAGAAUCUCCAAAAGCUUUAUCUAGGACACAAUAAUAUUAUUGUAGUUGAAGGAUUGCAAAAUACAAAGAAAUUACAAGAGUUGCAUGUCGAGAAUCAAAAGAUACCACUCGGCGAAUCGUUAUGCUUCGAGCCACGUAGCGCUUUUACUUUAUCUAUGUGUGUAAAAGUUCUUAAUAUUUCCGAUAAUAAAAUGACAUCCUUGAGAAAUCUAAUAGGAUUUCAAGAAUUACACACGUUAGAUGCAAAAAAUAAUCUCGUCGAUAAUGUGGACGAUGUAACUACGACAAUAAGUACAUUGCCUUCUUUAAAAGAUUUAUCUUUACAAGGAAAUCCUGUUACAUGGUCUUACAGAUAUAAGGAAAAUCUGAUUGCUAAUAGCGUUUCGCUAGGUAAAGUAAAACAUGUAAAUCAUUCUUUGCCACUUAUUAUUCAUAUUUAUCACUCAAUUAUCAGUUUACUUUACGUACAUAUAGCUAAUCUCGACGGAAAAAUUGUAACCGACAUUUGUCGAAACUUUAUGAAAAAAUUUAAAAUGGAGAAACACAAUCGACGUACAAAAAAUGCAGCUAAAAUCCCAUUAGGAGAUGAUAUAACAAGUUCUCUGAACUUGCCACCAGCCUUCAAAAGAUCUAUUUCAAGAGCAAUUUUCCAGCAUCCUGGACCACAUUUGUCUAUAACAAUUACCCCUGGAUCUCUUUCGGUAGGAAGUCAGCUGCAAGUGUUUCCUCCUUGGAAAUUAGCAUCUGGCAUCAGAAGUACUAAGGAUAAUCAUAUAACACCGAGGCCGUUUUGGGGUAACAUAAAUAAAAGCAAGGAGACUCGUUUAUCGCGCUCUCACGUCAAUAAUAAAGCAAUUGCAUUACCGCUUAUUUAAUGUUUUUCAUCAAUCUUUAAACAAUUAUUAUUAUAUAUAUAUAAUGUAUUUAAUCAUCUUGCUCUAGACUCUGAAUCAUUAUUACAGGACAUAAGUUAUGAUUGUAAAGAACUAAAAUUUUUAUGUAGUUAGAUAUAAUGUAAAAUAAAAUAACACAUUAUAUGCAAUAAAGACAAAGAUUUGAAUCACAAUAUUAUUUUUAUAGAACUUUCUAUCAAUAAGGCUACAUUUCCAUUACUUUCAUAUGUACUAUUUAAGAAUAUUUUCAUAAAUAGAAUUCAAAACACUGCAAUGUACAUAUUAAAUAAAAUCAUGAUAGUUGCAGGUUGCAGGUAAAUAUCAAAUAAAUUCGCGUAAAUUCGCAAUGUUACGCGAUACAAGAAUUUCAAAUGCAACAAACAUAUAAUUAAUCUUUAUAUAAGCUGGGUAAUUAUUACAUAUUUUAAAUAUGCAGUAUAUUUUCAAUAAACUGAACAACAAAAGUGUUAAAGUAUAAACUUACAAACUUACACAACUAUAUUUGUACGCUGCUUGAAGAUCUGUACAUUAUUCGUAAAGCUUAUUUCAUAUGAUUAUUUAUUCAUGUAAAUGCAGUAAAUCAAUUUAUAAAAUUAAUAAAGCAAUAUCUGUACUCUGAAAAUCAGAGAAAUCUGGGUUAUUUUUCUAUUUUAAUGACUUCGAAUUAUAUUGCUAUUACAUACAUGUGUUCUCCAAGCAGACUUAACAUAAAAGUAUACUCUUAAAAAACAGGAAUAAAUAACGAAAAUAAUACAAAUAUUUAUAUGACAUACAUAUAUAUAUGUUAGUCACUAUAAGCAUGGAAUGUUAGAUACAAUAUAAAACAUAAACAUCUUUUAGCUUAUACGAUAAAGAAAAAGAAAUAAACCGAAAAAUGAUAUGCAGCUUUUAAAAUGCUAUUAAAAUGUUAUUCACAGAAUCUUGAGACACCUGUUUCGCGAUAUGUGUAUAUGUAGAGGAGAUGAUACAGGUAAUCAUUUCACUAGCAAUCAUUUAGGAAUUAUAUAAAAUCAUAGCAUCGUCUUGAGCGUAUCUAAAAAUAUGAUCUUAUAUUAUGAAACAGUACGAGAUGUAAUGAAUCAAUAUAUGUAUAUUUCGUGGCACACAGGCAACUCGCCAUUUAUCAUAUAUAUAUAACGUAUAGAGAAAGCGACCAGUAUUAUGAAAUUUCUUACGUAAAUAGGCUGUGGUCAUCCUUUGCUCCUUAUAAUAAGAUACAAUGUUACUUUAUUUUAAAUAAAAUCUAAAGAGAAAUAGUCGAGAGUGGACUAUGUCUUAAAUAAAAAAAGAAAUACUAAAAUCAAGCAUUUUAUAUAUAUAUAAAAUAAAUAUUUUCCGUAAUCUGUAAUAACAAAACAAAGCAUUAGGCAAGAAUAAACUAUGAGAACAAAACUUCUUCCAAAUUCUUAGAGAUAUUAAUAAUUUACAUUUUUACAAAAAUGUAAAUGUGUAAGAAACAAGAACCCUUCCCUCGGUUAUAAAGUGUAUUCGUAUUUUUCAUUUAAACGAAGCAUUUAUAUAGUAAUGUUAUAAUAAUAGAUAAAAUAAAAAAAAUAGAAUCUAAAUACUAUUUAUAAUUAAUAAAAAAUAAUACAUUAAAGAACAAAGGUAUAAACAAGCCUGCUGUUAAAAUACGUACAAUAUAUUCGUAUAUUGAUCUUUCAUUUAAAAUAAUUUGCGCAAACUAAAAUGUAAUACAAAAUACAAAGCUGCAAAAUUAAAAAA